AAAAUGGGUCAAACUAUGGGUAGAAUGCCUGAAACAUGGCAAGGUCUCCUGGAGGAGAAAGAUCGUGUUUUACACUGGAGUUCCGAAGUGUUGGCAAGAGUGCAGGAUAAUGUUACGAACGAGGAUACGUUCUUGAUGGAUUAUGAUGACGACAAGGUCAACGGUAAAAUCGAUACGUGGAUUAAAACUAAUCAGACACGAGUUGAUGAGACAUUCAAUAAAUACGCAAACGCGCCGGAUUCACUAAAAAAUGUAAUCAAAACUGGAAUUGAAAAGCUUAUCGAAGAAGUACGAACAAAAAUGCGGAAAGACUAUCAAAAUGCGUAUAACGAUAUAAAAAAGUUUAAUAAAAAAGUGGACCAAUUGGGCGCGGAAGAAAGAAAAAUUCACGCCGAUAUACAAAAGUUAGAGGAGGAAUGCGCGGGAGAUGUGCAAAAAUUUCAAAAGAAAUUUGGACCGUUGAGAAUAAAAGUUUUCGAUAACUUGAGAACCGGCGAAAAAAUGAUAUUCCAAGACAAAAGAUUAAAAACUGAUUUCACUAAAAAGGCAUACGACGUUGAUCACAAAUAUUCUGCCGAUUGUACGAAACGGAUCGAUAAAAUGCUCAAAGAUUUCGAGAAGAGCGCGAUAAAAUAUGAAACGCGCAAUGAUAAUGACGACUAA